AUGGAUGCCGAUUGGGGCUCUGGCGUAGACUCAGACGUCUGCCCCGUUACGCCUGCGAAGCGCCAUGCCGCCAGCAGCGCAUGUCUCGCAAAGGCCUCUGAUUGCGAGCCCUCGGAAGCCCUGACCCCUAAGCCUAUCUCAACGCCCGACUGCGACGAGGUCUACUGGCGACGCCACGAGACCACCCUCAAGGAGCAGACGUUCGAGCCGAAGCUGCAACGCCCAUGGAUUUAUGUAUCCGGCGACGGUUUCGGAUGCUAUGCUUGCGGAGCGUGCGGGCUUCAGGACCCGUGGGGCCUCGGCACGGUGCACGCGACGAAUUGUCAGCUCCAUUGGAAGCGGCACGGGAGUUGUAGGAGGCACGUGGAGGCAGUGACGAGGACUCAACAAGCAGAGGCGGAUAGCCGAUUGGACCAGACCGGAUCAGUGGCACCCGCCCUGGAAGAUUUCAUGAAGGUGCUACAGGAAACGAUUGCCAACGGAGCCACCGACAUCUGCGGCAUCAAGGGCAUCGGAGCUCGCAAGAAGGUGAGGAAGAUUCAGUGUUGCCUGGCAGAGGCUAAGCGCAAUAGUUAUCGUCAGUUCUGGGCCAAGUGUGCGUGCAUGACGCUAUCUCAGGACAAGCGAGGCACGCGCCUCCUGGCACGGUGGCGCGCGUGCACUCCCGAUCUCGAGGUCCGCGCCGGCAUAAUUGGCCUCGUCAGGGACUUGCCCAACCCCUUCGAGGGCAAGAUCGGCGCGGACAGCACGCGCAUCGCAACGGUCAAGAUGCUGGCGCGCGCCACGUCCACGCGCCCUGCCCCCUACACUGGCGCAGAGACUGGCGCCGCCGACGGGGAGAUCGAUGCGAAGCCGGACAUCGAUGAGUUCACGAACUUGUGUUCCAUCACCGAAGUCUUUGUGGCGGACGCGGCGGCCGACGAGCAGCGAGUCGGGAAGGAUUUGGGUUUCUUCGAAGGCGAGGUCCAGAACGUGGAUGCGGAGUAUUACGGCGCUGAGGGGCGACAUGACAUGCAGGCCGUGCUUCCCAACCUCAAGUACGUAGGCAGGGAUAGGGCGCACGCGUUGCGGCGUGCCCUUCGCCCUUGGGACUGCGACGAUUUCUUUGCGGACUGCAAGGCCAAGUUCAUUGACGGCAGGAAUGCGAUUACGAAGGCAGCCCAGUUCUCCCCGGUACUCAAGAAAUGGUUCGUCGAAGCCAACAUGCGCAGUGAUAUGCGCACCCGCAUUUCCAAUAAGGUUGCGGACUUCGCGUGGGCCAAGCAGCGGUGCGACGGCAUCACUCAGCCCCUGGGCAGGUUCGUCAUAUACAUCGAGAGCCUCAUUGCAGUCGCAAACCUCACGAUCAGCAUCAGGCCCAAGGAUGCGGCUGCCAUUGAGUUCCUGUCAAGCCUAGAUAAUGAGAGCUACCUCCAGAUGGCCAUGAUGGCGGAUGCGACCGACGAACUUUCCAGGAGCGUCCACGCCUUCGACGGGGCGAUGCUGGACGAGGUGGAGAUACUGCUUGAGGUCCAGAACUUUCAGGCUCGGCUGGAGGCGCUCUUCGUCUCCGGCCACUGUUUCGAGAUACCUGGGUACACGUCCUUCGCCGUCAACAUGCUCAAGGAGGUUCGCCUUUCCAUUGUUGGUAAGACUGUGAAGGAGUUCGGCGGCCUGGCCGCCGUCCCGCCCGAGCUUGCGCAGCGAUGCUUGCAGAGAAUGGCCGCUUGGGCCGAACUAUCCAAAGUCAUUGUCCAGUCAGAGUUCCCUGCGUUCGAGCUGUGCUCGUGCUUCGCGGUUUUCGUAUUGAAAGCCCGGGCGAACCCACAGGGCCUAACUGAGAGCUGGCGCAGGAGGGCCUUGGAGAAGCUUGCGAUGGCGUUCAAGCUGCCUACGUCGAAUUCGAUUGCGGAGUUCUUCGACAUGUACCCUAUCGCCCAAAACAUUUAUUGCACCGAGGGCGUCUCCAACGCGGCGGCGUGGAGUUCGGCUGUGCGCAGGUGUUUCGGGCGACAGCCAGAACGCGUCCGCUCGCGAGGUUUUGCCCCCCGCCCCUCCCAUGCAAUGCACGCGGGCACCGCAGUGCGCGUGCACCAGGUCACCCGUGCCGCACAUUUCCGCACACUGAACACGAGAUACGAUUUCCCAGCAAGUUAG